AAAAAGUGUCGGAAAUCAAGCGACCCACACAAACAGCUGAGUUAUGGCCAGCAGAGGAAAGCAAGAUAUUCCCGCCCGUUAGCUUUUUAGGUGCGGCCCCUUUAUAAGAUGGCCAGGAAGAAGAUUCGGAGUACAAGCUCUGAAUCAGCAAGCUCAACUAGUGGCUCUUCUUCCUCAUCGUCAAGUUCCUCUUCUUCCUCGUCUUCCUCAUCUUCAUCAGACUCCUCGUCAUCUUCUGAUUCAGAACAGUCAUCUGCCGUUUCAACUAGAAGCCGUGAUCGCUCCCGUGCUGCUUCCACUGACCAGGAAUCCCCCCAGAAGCCUACUCCCCCCACUCAGGCUCCUAAAGGGGGGAGGGAACAACCCCCUCCUGCCAACCCCCCUCAGACCCGCCCCCAGACCAGGGGAUCUUCAGAGUCAGAGCCUGAGGCCACUACAGCACCAAGCAAACGAGGCCCAAAGACCUCUGCCACUACUGUCCCCAAGAGUGUGGUCCCUCCUUCCACAGCACAGCGCAAAAAUGGUCCCAAGCCUACUGUUCGGCCACAGCAGGCAGCCACUCAGAAACCUUCCAGUAAGACAGUCCAGCAAAAAGGAACCAACAAUAGUGUACCACAAAAGAAAUCUGCACAAAGCAAAAAAAGUAUCGGGGGUGGGAAUGCAGCAACUACCGACAAAUCAUCGAAGAAAAAGUCCAUCUUCUCUCCAGACAACAGCACAGACUCAGAGGGAGAGACAAAAAGGCCUGUAAGUAAAAAGGGACCACAGCCUAAGUCUCAGCCCAAGCCACAACCCAAGCCACAACCUAAAGCUCAGCCCAAAGCAACUGCACAGAAGCAGCACACCUCUCAGCAAAGGAAAGGCUCAAGUAAAGUUCAAGUUCCAGAAAAACCAACUGAAAGAUCUUCUGAAUCCUCAACUAAUUCAUCAUCUGCAUCAUCAGAGAGUGACAGUGACAGUUCUUCUGAGUCUUCAGCUUCAGCAAAAUCUUUAUCUGAUAAGCCAGUCAUUCAACAAAUAGUAAGAAGAAAAUCUCAAACUAAGUCAACUCCAGCAACUACAGAGAGUGACAAAGAAGAGGAGGAAGAAGAGGAAGAUGAUGAAGAUACUCCAAGGAAACAUGUGACAAGGUCAUCUAGUGUAAAAACUAAAAGAGGAUCCUUGCUUGGUAUUCAAAAAGGAACUGAAUCUGAUUCUGAAAAUAAUGGUAAAGGAAAGGUUAGAAGAGGCUCUAGGAAUGGAGGUCCCAAGAAGCCUGCUGGAGCUCCUACUAAAUCAGGUGCUCGAGCCAAGACAAAAAAGACCAUUCCACUGAACGUCUUGGAAAAUACACCUCUACCUCCAAUUGAGAAGCGCAAGUGUCCUGUAGAAGGUUGUGACUCCACUGGUCAUCUUGGUGGAUUGUAUGAAAGGCACUUUUCUGUUGAAGCCUGUCCUGUUUUUCACAAUGUCACAAAGGAAGAAUCAAAGGUUAAUCGUCAGAGUAGAGAAGCAGACAAUCAAGAGAGGGAAAAAGCAAGAAUAAUGAUUGGAAGUAAAUCACCUCGAAAUGGGCCAAAUGUGGAACAAAGGAAUUAUUGUAAUAAGAUAAGGGACUCAAGAGAGAAGCUAAGUGAACCCCGUCCAGGAGAGGAGGAGAUGGCUGACAGGGAUCGCCAACCCUCCCUCCGAGGCUACACGCCAGAAUGGGACCUCCAGCUCUUCAUGGAGGCUCAGGCAGCAGCCAGUGAAAAAAUAGAAGAUGACCUUCGUGGUCUUCCAGACAGUAAGGGAAUCCGGUACAUAGAGAUGGGCCGGUAUGAGAUGGAAGCUUGGUACCAGUCUCAAUACCCUGAUGACUACAAUCAACAACCAAAAAUAUAUAUCUGUGAAUUUUGUCUCAAGUACAUGAGAUCCAGAACAAUACUUCAGAGACAUGCUGCUAAGUGUGUCUGGAAGCACCCACCUGGGGAUGAAAUCUAUAGAAAAGACAAGCUAUCAGUUUGGGAAGUGGAUGGCAAGAAGUUCAAGAUAUACUGUCAGAAUCUGUGCCUACUAGCAAUGCUCUUCCUUGACCACAAAACAUUGUACUACGAUGUGGAGCCUUUCCUCUUUUAUAUCAUGACUCAAGCUGACGGAGAGGGUUGCCACAUUAUUGGGUACUUCAGUAAGGAGAAGAACAGCUUCCUGAACUACAAUGUGUCGUGCAUCAUGACACUGCCGCCCUACCAGCGGCAGGGCUUCGGCAGGCUGCUCAUCGACUUCAGUUACCUUCUGACCAAGACUGAAGGAAAGAUAGGCUCCCCUGAGAAACCCUUAAGUGACCUUGGCCUCAUCUCCUACCGCUCCUACUGGAAGGACCUGCUACUCAACUACCUGGCCAGUUAUACAGAGAAAAAUGUCUACAUCAAAGACAUGAGUGCAGAGAUGGCAGUGAAUGCAUAUGACAUAGUGAGCACCUUCCAGGCCAUGGGCAUGAUGAAGUACUGGAAAGGGAAACACAUCAUACUCAAGCGACAGGAUCUGCUGGAGGAGUUUCUGGAGAGACAGAAGCGACGAAGAGCAGACUACAAAGAGAUAGACCCCAAGUGCCUUAACUGGCGCCCCUAUGUCCCACCUCCUGCCUCUGAAGAGUCUCAGUCUCAGUCCAACAGCAACAAAAACAAAUCUCUUGCAGCAAACAAAGCUGCCACAGACAGAAAAAAGGCCAAAUCUGCUUCUUCAUCCUAGUAGGACUCUUUUGAUAUAUUAAAGAAUAUAUUAAAAGUAUAUCAAUAAGUAUAGUCACCAAAUGGUGUAUUAUAAACAUGAGAAAGCCUCAUUACUCUAGAUGUAUGUACCUGGAUAGUUCAAGAUUUUCAUAUGUAUUCAAGAACAUUAUUUAUGGAAAGUUUUAUCUGAUAUGGCUCCACCAAAUCUUCAGGAAACUGUUAUAUUUUAGAUGGAAUAAUAAACUUUUUAAGGGAAGAUUGACAAAUUUGAAGUGUCAGAAUUGUAUUAUUUUUUUUUUAUGAAAUUUAUAUUAGAAACUUUUAAUUUGGAAGAUUUUAAUGACAAAAAAUCAAACUGUAUAGACAAUUAUAAAUGUUAGGUUUAUAUAAUUUUGUAGCUGAAAAUUUUAACAGUGUAAUUUGUUGCAUCAGUUAUUUGCAUCACAUGGCUCAUUUGGUGUGUAUUGACAUAGGUGUUUGUGUUGUUGACAACCAACACCUCAAAAGAGCUGUGUAAUGUCAACCAUUUUAAGUGUCCCGUCAUGCUUUAUAUGUUCUUUUAUUCCUUUGUUGACUUGUGUCUCCCAUCCCAUAAUAAGUAGAAUCAUUAUGAUAGAAAUACUGAAGUGAGGAAAUUAUGCCUUUGUUUUUUUUAAGCAUGCUGUGGGUUGAAUUUUGAAGACUGAAAAUAAGUACCUAUCUAUCUUUUAGAAUAUUUCCAUGUCCACAGUGGCCUGAUAGACUAGUUAUCAAGGGUGGGAGGGAGGUGCUCCAGGGAGUGUGACAGGGUGGCUUCAGUCAUUCCUUGUUGGUACAAUACUCUGGUCUCUUCAGGAAAGAGUUACAUAUUCUCUUAUGUAAUAAAACAUUUCAUGUUAUUUAUAAGUGCAUUUUUAUGGCUCAGCAUGGUUGUCCUUGCAUUACAAAUGCACUUUCCAUCUUCACUAUGAAUAUUUGUUGACUGUAGCACAAUUAUCAUUUCAUUAUGAUGGCAUCUUGUGUCUUUAUUUGAUAUGGGAAGAAUGGUAAUGCCUAUGAGUCAGUGAUUCUAGCUGAGAGUAACACAUGCUAUUUUUGGUAAGUGUUAAAAAUGUAUAUAUAUGUAAGUAGCAUUAGUUCUUUACAUUGUUUUUUAGAUACAUAUUUCUGAAAAGAUGGAGAACUGAUAUGUAUAGAUUAAAAUUUUAAUAAAACACGUAUAAGGUUUUUGUCAUUCUGUGUUGUAACUCUUGUUAAAGUAAAGGAUUCUCAGUAUUCAUGGUUGAAUACCAAGUAGUGGAGCCAGUUUUGCAUUUUAUUUUAUAUUCUCACCAGUGUGUAUAAAGCAAGUGGAUUUUAUUGGUGUAAUUUAUUGUAACAGAUUGAUAUUUUGAGAAGCUAUGAUUCAUAACAAACAUUACAGUAAAACUACAUCAUUGUAAAUGUUUAGGCUCUGCUGAUGGAGGAAAGGCAUGUUUUAUACCACUGAAUCUUUGUCACUUUAGAUAUCAGCCUCUGCCAUUGUGAAGAAUACUUAACAUCAAUGUAAUGCAGUUUUACUGGGAUGUGAGAAGCAUAAUGAAACUUUAGAUGUACUAUACUAUGGAAAAAAAAAAAACAUCAUGACUUCAAGUGGACAAAUAUAUUUGAAGGAUACAGUGUUUGAAAAACAUAAUGCCAUGUUGACAGCAAUAACUUUUUACUGUUAUAGUCAGUGAUGUUGCUCGAGAAGCUGACUUCAAAAUAAACUAAGUAUAAAUUCUUUAUGUAAUUUUAUCAUACUAUAUAAGUUUACAUCUGUUAAUAAAAGAUUUUUUUAUCA